AAAAUGAUUAGAAUUAUUGCCUUUUUAGUUACAAUGGCAUUACAAACCAAAAUAGCCUACGCAACGACACCAGAAGUAACCAUAUCAGUAGACCAAAGAAUACAGCUAUUGAAAAGACAAAUACUUGAUGAGAUGAAUGUUGAUAGCAACCUGCCGAGAACCAAUCCAUUUGACUACGACUACUCCGACCAAUACCAAUACGUGGACUUAGCAAAUCAACCGAUCACACCAAUACAAGAAUCAGAUAAGCGGAAGAAGAAAGAACUAUAUAAACUACCAGAGAUUAUAAGUCGUCCGACGGAGAAAUAUAUCCCCAGUGUAGAAUCCAGUGCGAACCAGGAAGAUCCGAGGGCAAAGUUACGGAUGAAGAAACACAGGAAUUACCAGAAGAUCAGCAAGCUUCCGAAGCCGAGGGAUAUUUUCUAUAGAAGAAUGUACUUGGAUGAUGAGGAACGGAAUAAGCCACAGAAGUGGACUCAUUGCUUGGAUCUGGUGACGCCAUUUUUAAAUGGCAUUAGAGAUAAUAUGACUUCUAAAUCGGUUGGACCUAAUGAUGAUGUGGUUUUAAGCAAGAUUCCAUGAUUUUAAAGGUCUCAAAUUCGGACUGAAGGCUAUAUUUGAGACCUGGCAGCUAGAUACGAGCGAUAUUAAUAGUUUUGUGCGACAAUCCAGGAUAUUUAGACCUCCAUGCAUACAAGUUUCAGAAUUUGACGGAUCAACGCUUUCAUCAAAGUCGAUAAGAUACACGACAAAGCCGAAACCGAAAAAAUGUCCAGAUACGGAAGAAUCCGAGUGUUCAGCAUAAACUUAAUUACUAUAAGGAAGAAUAAAGAAAUACCUUCGAUAAAAUUGGUUUUUAA